AACAACUUAUGCCCAAAAGAAUACCUACACAAUCACUGAAAGGCUCUGAGACUCUCACCUGGUACAUACCAAAAAUGGCGAAUGAAAUUGAAAGCAAAAGGUUCCUAGGGCACGUCAUGGUGGUGCCAUACUCCACUGUCGGCCACAGUAAUCCCCUGCUUCAGUUCGCCAAAAAUCUGGCUUCCAAGGGCUUUCUUGUCUCCUUCGUAAGCCUCCAUUUCGACCAUAGCAGAAUGGUGAAGGCCAGAGAGUACCUGCAACGCCUCAGCCAUGGCGGCCCUGGUCUUGUUCAGUUGGAGUGGAUUCCAGAUGAGAUUCCUCCACAAGUGCCUCGCGACCACCACAUCCAUCCCUUCCUCUUCCACCAUAUGCACAACACCAUGACAGGACACGGGCUCGAAUCCCUCCUCCUUCGUUUCAAUGCCUCCCCAAAUCCAGUCUCCUGUGUCGUCUACGAUUCUUUCCUUCCCUGGGUCCCCAAAAUCGCAACCAAGCUCAGCAUUCCCCACGCCUUCUUCUGGACGCAGUCGAUCACAGUUUUCUCGCUCUAUUACCACUUCAAGAACGUUGAGAAGUGGGAUGGGGAAAGGAAGCUGCCGGAAACCUGCAAUGUUCCGUGUCUGGGCGAAUUUAAAAUUGGGGAUUUACCUGGGCCUUUUCACCGGGAACAGGAUCUCAAAGUUCGGAAAGUGCUCGAUUUCUUCGUAGAUCUUGAAUCGGUAACUGAUGCUUCCUGGGUUCUUGUCAAUUCCUUCGAGGAGCUUGAAACAGAGGCGCUCGAAUACAUGAAGAGAUUAGUGAGAGCGCCUGUCAUAACAGUUGGUCCCUCCAUACCGUCGGCUUUUCUGGACCGUCGCAAUCCAGAGGACACUCGGUUUGGUGCAGGCGCUGACCCUUGGGCAGGGUCAGAGGGCACAAUCAGAUGGCUUAAUAGCAAGCCCCCCCUUUCGGUUCUUUAUGUUUCAUUCGGGAGCAUAACUUCUGUCAGUCCUGUUCAGAUCCGGGAACUGGCAGCAGGGCUUGAAAGAAGUCAGCACAGCUUCUUGUGGGUCAUCAGGCCUCCCCAGGGCCACCAUGACCUCAGUGCAUUGAUGCCUCCUGGAUUUCUGGAGAGGAUCGAAGAAAGGGGUUUGUUGGUGGAAUGGUGUGUUCAGCUGGAAGUGCUGUCGCAUCCGUCUGUGGGGGCUUUUAUGAGCCACUGCGGUUGGAAUUCCACUCUGGAUGCUCUCUGUUCGGGAGUUCCAAUGCUCACCUUGGAGGUUUGGACGGAUCAGCUCACUAAUGCCAAAUGCGUGGAGGAGCUUUGGAAAACAGGCCGUAGAAUGAGGAAGGGGGAAGAUGGGGUUGUGCCGAUGCAGGAGAUUGAGAGAUGCGUCAGAUCGGCCAUGGAGGAGGGGGUAGAAUUUGCAGAGGCGAGGAAGAAUAGCCUGAAAUGGAAGGAAACUGCGAAGGGGGCUAUGAUGCCGAGCGGUUCCUCCGAUGUAAGUCUUUCUCGCUUUACUCAAGAGCUGCUUGCGGCUAUUGGAACUCAUUGGAACUCAGGGCAGAGGAUUCAGUAGUCGAGCAUUCUUUGGAUACAAGUAUUUUUAGUUUUAAGUGUUUGAGGUUAUUGGAAUUUAAUCAGGGGAGAGGAUUUAGUAUUUGAGCAUUCCUCCCAUGUAAGCUUUUCUCACGGCUAUUAGAAUUUAAAUCAGGGGAGAGGAUUCACUAGUUGAACAUCUCGUUCUUAAAUUUUUAGAAUAUUUUAUUUAGAAAGUAUUUUGUUUAUAACUAAGUUUUCAGGGUCAUAUCAUCAAAUAUGAUGUCACCUCAACAUUUUUUUAGUUGAGGUGUAAUAAAACUCACAAAUAAGAUCGGUGAUUAUGCACUAAGUCCUAUUUUAUUGAUGUGCU